AUGAAGAACUUCAGCUUAGGAGCACCUGUGCUCAUGUUGCUCAUUGUCCUUGUUGCACAUUGUCUAGGAACUGAAGCUCAAGUGUGCAGACCAAGUGGCAAAAUUAAGGGUAUAAAACCUCCUCCUGGUGAAUGCAACCAGGAGAAUGACUCCGACUGCUGCGUGCGAGGCAAAUUUUACACUACUUACACGUGCUCACCGCGUGUGUCGAGUAACACUAAGGCGGUUCUUACCCUCAACAGUUUCCAAAAGGGUGGAGAUGGUGGAGGACCAUCGGAAUGUGAUAAGAAGUACCACCCUGAUGACAAACCAGUGGUGGCGCUAUCAACUGGAUGGUACAAGAAAGGAGGAAGGUGCCUCAACAACAUCACCAUAAGUGGUAAUGGGCGAAGUGUAAAGGCUAUGGUAGUUGACGAGUGCGACUCCACCAUGGGAUGUGAUAAAGUCCACGAUUAUCAGCCUCCAUGUGCUAAUAACAUUGUUGAUGCCUCAAAAGCAGUUUGGGAAGCCUUGGGUGUUCCUCAGGAUGAGUGGGGCUGGUUGGAUAUUACCUGGUCUGAUGCUUGA